AUGACAAUACGUCUUACUGAUGUGAAAAAAGAAAAACUCAUUUGUCUCAUUACAACCAUCUUGGCAUCAGAAGCAACUAAAAUAAGAUCUGUUGCCCAAGUUAUUGGUCAUAUGGUAUCAAGUUUCCCGGCUGUCAAAUACGGCCCACUUUACUACCGCAACCUUGAGAAAGACAAAACCGUAGCAUUAGCUAAACACAAAGGAAAUUUUGAAGCUCCAAUGACUAUAUCUAAGAAAGCCAAGACAGAAUUAAAUUGGUGGCUAAAGAAUUUACAAGGGUCAUUCAAAAAUAUCCUCACAACCCCAAUUGACAUUGUCCUUUAUUCAGAUGCCUCUCUGACUGGGUGGGGGGCAGCUCUAGGUGACCAAUCAACAGGGGGGAACUGGUGCAAACAGGAGGGCGUACAGCAUAUAAACGUCCUUGAAAUGAAAGCUGCAUUAUUUGCACUUAAAUCAUUUGUUUCAAAAUUAGCAGGGAAGCAUGUUAAAAUUAUGGUGGAUAACAGUACAACUGUUUAUGUGAUAAACAACAUGGGGACAAGCCAUAAUGACACUCUAAACACCAUAGCAGUGGAAAUUUGGGAAUUCUGCAUGACUAACAAAAUAGAAAUCACUGCAGCACACUUGCCUGGGUCUACCAAUGUAGUCGCUGAUAAGGAAUCAAGGAAAAUAUAUCGCGAAGGUGAAUGGAUGUUAAAUCCAUCCUAUCUCCAAACAGCAUUAAACCUGCUAAAAUUUCAACCGGAAAUUGACUUGUUUGCUUCACGACUAAACAAACAAUUCACAAAAUACUGUUCAUACAAGCCUGACCCAGAGGCAACAUACAUUGACGCAUUCUCUAUCCCAUGGAACAAUCUAAAGUUUUAUUGCUUCCCUCCGUUUAGCUGCAUUUUAAAGACAAUCCGAAAAAUUACACAAGAACGAGCCACGGGCAUUCUGGUCAUCCCAAAUUGGCCGACACAGCCUUGGUAUCCACUGAUUGCACCACUGCUAGUACAGCCACCUUACAUUUGCCAUCCUUCCCCAACACUCCUACAUCUACCAGCUGCGCCAGACGAGUUGCACCCUCUAGUAAAGAAGCUGGAACUGAAAAUAUGUUUUGUGUCAAGCAACAACUCACUCAGUUAG